AUGAAGAUCUCGCUAUCACACCCACUGCUCCUUGCAGCAGCAACAGUGCAAUCGCACUCAGUAAUUCCCCAUCCCCUCGCCCUCGCCUCCUCCUUCACCCGCAUCCACCACGAACUCGACAAGAUCAACCUGGGAAACUGCUCUCUGGCAAACCUAUCCAUGCCAUUGAACGCAACAACGACACACCUCCCAGUGCCAUCCACAAACCUAACCCUCAAAUACAUUGCAUUGGGCCGGGGAACACAGAACUACACCUGCCCGUCAAAUUCCCCAAAUUCCAAACACACCACCAUCGAACCAGAAGCCACAGGCGCCGCCGCGACUCUUUUCGACGCAUCCUGCAUCGCAGCAUCGUCUUUGGCCCUGCUUCACGAAGUCCCUGAAAUCAUCAGCAAGGCUCCUCUGGGAUCUCUUGCAUUCAUCACAGCCCUACUGGCACAAGGCACGAGAAGCAACAGCAUCAUCAUUGGCGAGCACCACUUCAACGCUGCCGGUGACCCAAUCUUCGACUUCACACUGAGUGGCGCCGACUCUUGGAUCGCUGCUAGUAAGAUAGCUGCUGCUCCAGCACCAAAAGCCACAUCGGGAUCUGCUGGCGAUGUUCCCUGGCUGAAGCUGGGAUACAAGAAGGGGAGCGGUAUUCAGGAGGUUUAUCGAGUCGUGACCUCUCAGGGUAACCCGCCUUCUACGUGUGCGGGUCAAAAUGCUACGAUUCAGGUUGAGUACGCUGCCGAAUAUUGGUUCUACGGACGAUGA